AUGAAGUGUGAGCACUGCACGCGGAAGGAAUGCAGUAAAAAGUCGAAAACUGAUGACCAGGAAAAUGCAGCGGUUGAUGCAACGAGUCCGGCCCAAGAGAAGGAAGAAAAAGGAGAGUUCCAUAAGUUGGCUGACGCCAAAAUAUUUCUGAGCGACUGUUUGGCGUGUGACAGCUGCGUGACUGCAGAGGAAGGGGCCCGGGUUUCCCAGCAGAACGCCAAGGACUUUUUCCGAGUUCUGAACCUCAAUAAGAAAUGUGAUACCUCAAAGCACAAAGUGCUGGCAGUGUCUGUGUGUCCCCAGUCUUUGCCUUAUUUUGCUGCUAAAUUCAACCUCAGCGUGACCGAUGCAUCCCGAAGACUUUGCGGCUUCCUCAAAAGUCUGGGGGUGCACUACGUGUUCGACACCACAAUCGCUGCUGAUUUCAGCGUCCUGGAGAGCCAGCAGGAGUUUGUGCGGCGCUUCCGGCAGCACAGCGAGGACAGGCGGACACUGCCCAUGCUGACCUCUGCCUGCCCAGGUUGGGUCCGGUAUGCUGAGCGGGUGCUGGGGAGCCCCAUCACCCCCCACCUCUGCACUGCCAAGUCCCCCCAGCAGGUCAUGGGCUCCUUAGUGAAGGACUACUUUGCCAGACAGCAGAACCUCUCUCCAGACAAGCUCUUCCACGUCAUCGUGGGCCCAUGCUACGACAAGAAGCUGGAGGCCCUGCGGGAAGACAUCCAUGGGGCCUCGACCAGCGUGCAGGGCGUGGACUGCGUGCUGACGUCGGGUGAACUUCUACAGAUCAUGGAGCAGAGUGACCUCUCGGUGAAGGAGGAAGCUGUGGACACUCUGUUUGGGGACUUAAAGGAGGAGGAAGUCCAGCGGCAUGAUGGCACCAGCUCAGAUGGGUACCUGGCCCAUGUCUUCCGGCACGCGGCCAAGGAGCUGUUUGGGGAGGACGUGGAGGAGGUCACUUGUCGGGCCCUCAGGAACAAGGACUUCCAAGAGGUCGUCCUGGAGAAGAACGGAGAGGUGCUGCUGCGCUUUGCUGCUGCCUACGGCUUCCGUAACAUCCAGAACAUGAUCCUGAAGCUGAGGAAGGGCAAGUUCCCGUACCACUUCGUGGAAGUUCUUGCAUGUCCUGGAGGGUGCCUGCAUGGCAGGGGCCAGGCCCGGGCAGAGGAUGGCCACGUGGACAAGGCGCUGCUGCGGCAGAUGGAGGGCAUCUACGCGGAGCUGCCCGUGCGGCCCCCUGAGAGCAGCCGGCAUGUCCAGCUGCUGUACCAGGAGUGGCUGCAUGGGGCCAGUGCCCCCAGCGUGCAGACCGCGCUGCACACCUCGUUCCCCAGUAGCGGGCCGCCUGUGAACAGCCUGGACAUCAAGUGGUAG